AUGCCGCUAGAACCAGGCACCGACCUGCAGGGGGACAGUCGGAGGGCCAAACGCAGAAAGCUCGAGUCAGAUGAUAAAAGAGAAGGGCCCCAAGCUUUCCGCUAUGGCCAUUAUGGCCAAGUAGUACCUGGGGCUCUCAAAAUGGAAAUCAAAAUGUGCGACGGCGGGACAUAUGAUGAUUCUGACGGCGAGAAUUCGUGGCCAGAGAACAUCUUGCGCAAUGAUUCAGCUGUCUACUGCACAAAGUCAGAUCGAUGCAAUCUUAUUCUAAAACAUCGGGGAGACGCCCCCUUCUGCUUGAGCAAGAUUGACAUCAAGGCUCCAAAAUCUGGAUACAAUGCUCCGUAUGUCCCAUCUCGAGCAGUCACUCGUGCACUUGUCUCGUAUCUACUGACCGUUCUCUUUAGAGUCCAGGAAGGAAUGGUGUUCGUGUCUAUGGCGUAUGAUGAUGUCUUGGCACGUACCGCCGCGUUCAAGAUUCUUAGGCCGGCCCCUCGCCGUUCUAAUCGGAGCAGACGUACUGGUCUGCAGCCUUCUGAGGCAUAUUUGAACGCAUUCCGGACGCCUCUUCAGACUUUGGAAAGAGCCGUAUUUGGAAAUACAGAUUCUCCUUCGGAUUCUGAUAGCGACAUCAGCACCAUAGCAGGCCCCGAUGCACCCGAUCCCAUGGCUGAGUUUCAGGUAACGACUGAAUAUGAUGGUGUUUCUGAUAAUGAUGAUGGCUGUGAUAUGGACGAUGAGGAUGAUGCGGAUGAUGUUGACGGCUCCGAAAGCGAUGAGAGUGAAACUGAAAGAGGGGUUGCUUCCGACGAGGCUACCUUUUACCGGAGACGUGAUGAAAUGCUACAGCGUAUAGAGGCCGUGGAAUGGUCGUACGAGAUGGAACAGCGCGGGCUCGAAAGGCGGCGUCGGAUCCCCAAUCGUGUCGAACCUGCUGCAUCAUCCGCGCCCCUAGAGUCUCGACCUGUAGGCCCAUCAUCUCCGCCUGUGUUAAAGCCCCAUGCUCGCUUCUUCAUAGAGCGAGCAAAGAGCAUGGUCAGCAUCAAGUUUGAUCCACCGGCCUCUGGCAGAUACAUCUUGAUCAAGCUCUGGAACCCCCGCAACGAUGGCAAUAUCGAUAUUCGGAGUAUCAUUACGUACGGCUUUGCUGGUCCUCGAUUCUUCCCCGCUGGAGAAUUUAGGUAG